UCCCGUUCCCGUACCACCAUUUCCUCUUCCUCGCCUGAGCCGCGAGCCUCCGUUCCGUUCCGCCGACGCUUCAGUCUCCUACUCUCCCCCGACCCGCGUCGCCGCCGUCGCCGCCGUCGCCGUCCCCGUUCCUCCCCGCCGCGCCCCUGCCGUCUCCGCCCGCCCGGCCGUCCGCCCGCAGUCUCUCGAUUUCGAGGACCUGGCGCUCCCAUGGCGACACCCGACGAGCAUGCCGAUGCCGAGGGUCUGAUGGGAGAACAUGCUGAGAAGGAGCAUGCCGAUUUCGAGGCGAGGGUCAAGAGGACGAUAUACAUCGACCACCUCUCCCCUGUGGUUACUCGCCAAGUUAUCCGAGCAGCUCUUUCCCAGUGUGCGAAUGUUGUCAGCGUGGAGUUCAUUGAGAACUACACAAUCCUGUACGACAUCCCUGCCGCCGCGCUGGUGGAAUUGGACGACGAGUCGCAGGCCAAGUCUGCUGUGGACUUGAUGCGAGAUUUCCCCUUCAUAAUCGGUGGAAUGCCCAGGCCUGUCCGGGCUAGCUUGGCAAGGCCCGAAAUGUUUGCUGAUCGUCCUAGCCUGCCUGGCUCGAAGAUGGAGUUCCUUUGGCUGAAACAAGGAGAUCCGGAGUAUGAUGGGAUGAGCAAGCUGAAGAGCCUUGCUAAGAGGCAGGAAGCAGAGAACAUGGCGCUCAUCAAGAGUAUACUGGAGGAGGAGAAGGAACUGGCGGCUCAGCAGCAGAUAAUGCUUGACGCCAACUACUACAAGUACGACCUGCUCGAGAGUAUCGUGCAAAACGGGACCAUCAAGAACCUCGCUGGCCAUUAUAGGGUCAACUUGUUCGACAGCUGAUCAUUUUUUACAGUCUAUGAAAUGGCUUCAGAGAUUGCAGUCCCUGGUGCAAGCUAGUUCCAUUCCACUCGUAAAAAUGCGUGGUAGUGACAACCGUCUUCUUCUGUGUAAAAGUGGGUUCUUAUGUAGUGUGACGGCUUAGAUUAUCACGUAAUCUUCGUAUGAUGUCAGUUUAACAUCGCAUCAAGAUAAUGCAAUGAUGUCUGAUAUUGUCUUGUGUAUUAUGUGAAACUCGCAUAUCACGCGUGUUCGUGCCA